AUGCCAACAGAGAUAUUGGAGCAGAUAUGCAAGCUUUUAACAAUUCCAGAUCAGGCUCGAUUCAUUGCUGUGUGCAAGAGCUGGCGUUUUGCUAACUCCUCCAUGAAAUCCUACCAUUGGAUCCCUGAUGCACCAUGGCUUGUCAAUAAUGACUGCAUUAACCCUCAUUUUCAGGUCAUAAGCACCACUGACAAGCAAGCCUACAAUAUCUACAAACCCUUCAACCUUUUGCAAAACACCUCAAUUGUAGGGUCCUUAAAAGGGUGGUUGAUCCUCAAAUCUGAUCAAAGUCUCUUCAUCCUUAACCUCUUCUCGAAGCUUCGCCUUGACCUACCUUCUAUUAGAACGAUGCCGUGUUUUCUCUGUUCCAAGGGUGAUGAUUGCUUUGGCAUGCACACACCCUUAACUUUCACAAUUUUAAUGUGUCCCAACAUGAACCCCACCUUGGUCACGGCGGUCACUUAUAAGGGCAACAUCGGGUGGUGCAAGGUAGGAGACACUACAUGGAAACGUGAUCACACAAGUGACAAGUUCUACUCGAGCGUGAUUUUUCAUGAUAACAAGCUAUAUGCUGCGGAACGAGGUGGUUUGAAGGUGAACAUGUUCAAGUUUGAUGAUGGAGUGCUCGUCCAGGUUGGUAGUGUGGAAUCCAUUAAUCCAAUUGAACAUGCUCCAAAUCUAUCAAGACCAAUUAGGUCCUAUUGCAUGACCGUUUACUUGGUGGAAUGCGGACAAAAGGUUUUUGUUGUGAAGAGAUUCUUUGAUGAUACCAAAUUUCACACACCAACUAUAAACUAUGUUAUUUUUGCGGUUGAAGAAAACAACACCACACCUCAGUUGGUAAAGGUGGACAAUUUGGAUGAUCAUAUUUUGUUUGUGGCUAACCUCAACAUUGAAUGUCUUGAUGCAAAAUAUUGUCCAAUGUUUCAGCGUGGCAGCGUGUACUUCACUUGCAACUCCGAAAACUCCACCGCUACUGAAAUCGGAGUGUUCUCAAUUUCAAAUAAAACUAUACAUCAGAUUCCUAUCACUAAUCCUCAGAUGCACUCUUCAUCUUCAAUUUGGAUGAUGCCCAGAUUUUCAUUUGACUGUAAUUGUGAAGUCUGCACCUAUGCACCUUGGUUUAGGCCUAGGGAAUUGAGGAAAAGACAUAUGCAACGUAAAACCAACAUUGUGUGA